AUGCCUGUCAUACCAGUACAAUAUGAAAGUUUAAAGGCGAUUCUGCCUUACAUGAACCCAAAUACACGAUUCCAAAUCUCUCUGCGCAUCCCAUCCGUCAGCUCCCUUGAGAGCCGCAUACCACUGAAAGUCGAGAAUUUGACAUUUGCAGGUCCUUUUACGGAGGUGAAUAAGGUCUCCUUCGACCUUGCUGUAUACCGUGAUUAUGGACGCAACGAAACUCCUCCCGAUGUUGUCCGUAUGAAUCAAAGGGAUGACAUUGAUCAAUAUGGAGUCAUCAUAUAUCCCGGAUUGAACAAUGUACUUCCAGGAGAUAUCGAUUUUAGAACAACAGUUCAAGAAGAUGUUCCGGUUUAUACGGAGGAAUGGGAACAAGGUCUUGUGCAGCAGCUGAGAAUUUUGAAAAUGUUGUUAGCCGAACGUUUGAAUGAGGAAUAUAUUGAAGACGACGAAACCAGGAAUGCAGGAGUUGAUGGACCUGUGAAUGCUUUCAAUGAGACAUUUCGUCAAAGUAUAUUAAACCAUUCUGUAGAAUUCAUUCAACUUAAAAUUCAAUCACUUCGGGACCAGCUCAGUGGUUAUACCAAUCGUCGAAACAAUCAGAACCGGCCAUAUACUCCUUGGAUUCAAUUUACUACACGCUCUCCAAAAGGAGUAACGAUCCAACGUGUUGCAUACAAUAAGUAUCUUUAUGAAGCAAGAAAGACGGUGCACACGAAACUGUUUGGAAAUCGUGAUUCGAGUAUUUCAGUGAAAAAUCUGAAAAUUGAACUUCACGACCACAUCCUCCGUUUCCCCGCUGGAACUAUUUUAAAAAUCGAAAAUUUAGAAGUUGCAUUCUGGAAAUCACUCGCAUUUGAACGGUUCAAGAAAAUCAUUCAUCCAUCAUCUCUUCCAAUUCGGCGACUGAAAGUUUCAAGUAGUGUUUUAAGUGCAGAUUUGCGACACACCAUUGCGAGAGAAGCAAAAUAUUUGAUUAUCAAUAAUCUUACCAGUGAUAAUCGUUCGUGGACCCCAAUUCUUCAGAGUCUUACCAACGAAAGAGUGUGUUUGAUGAAUGAGAACAAUCGAAAUCCACCAAAUAAUUACAUGGAUUUGAUUGAGAAUUGGCUGGAGAGAGGACGACCUGCUGAAACCUGUUUCUAUAUAGGAAUAAAAAAAAAAGAGACCGUGAAGCAAUGUUUGGACACUUUGAGACAGAGGCAAGAAGUUAUUGGAUCUUUUGAAAAAAAAGUUCAACUCCGUAUCGACGCUGCAUUGAUGCUCGAAGUUUCUUAUGAUAUUACUAAACGACAUGGGAGAUUUCUGAGAGAAGACGAAUCAAAUUGGUGGCUGAAACUAGCAGUUGUUCCGGGAAGAUUUGAUUAA